GCUGUCGGAAAGAGGAGUCCUUCGUGCCACGAGCGGCCAGAGUGGUGACCACACUGUUGAUCACAGCGAAGGUGCUAGUGCCCAAGGAUCAAGCAUCAGCGCCGCGGAGGCUGGUGCCCGGAGCAAACGCGCUCGCGUAGAAAUCGUCGCGCGCGGGCGAUACGCCGUGCCCAGCGUGAUCGUUACCGGGCUCGAAGACGACAUCCAUAGCUGGGCGGCACAAGUGCCAGGCUCCGUGGUCGAUGCGAAGAGGGGAGAGCUGAUCUUGUGCUCUUAUGUGGAACCCACGAGGGCGGUCGACCGCUACGAUGGACGCACAACAUGGAUGGACGACCCGACGGACUACGACGCUGACCAGACGUGGGACAGCAACGGGCUGGUGCAAUCGAGAGUGGCGAGCAGGGCUGCGACCGUCGGUAAGGAGGGAUGCGAUUCAACAGGGGGAUUCUCGAAAAGUCAGAUAGGCCUGAACGAGGAUCGGCAGUGGGUGCGAAUACAAUGGAUUAGGCCAUUGUAGCGCCAAUGUUGA